CUCCCCCCCCCUCCCCCUCCCCCCACGACCAACCCUCCCUCAGAUCUAGCAAUUGGUCGGCUGCAAUUGCUUCUCUCGCCAUGUCUCUCUCUUCCGCUUCCAGCUCUCUGCUGCGCGCCUGCGCCCGCCAGCAGCUCCCCACGACCUCCCGCGCCGCCGUCGCCUCCUGCCAACAGCGGAGGGGUGUCUCCGAGGCCUCCAAGUCCUCCUUCCAAAGCCCCUUCGGCUCCUCCGAGGAGUACUCUUCGACCCUGAAGAUCCCCAACUUCAGCAAAUACUCUUCCAAGAAGUCCCCGCGCUCCAACCAGGUCUUCUCCUACUUCAUGGCCGGCUCUCUCGGUCUGGCCUCCGCCGUUGGCGCCAAGGCCACUGUUCAGGACUUCCUGGUCAACAUGUCUGCCUCCGCCGACGUCCUGGCUCAGGCUAAGGUCGAGAUUGGUCUCGGUGCCAUCCCCGAGGGCAAGAACGUCAUCAUCAAGUGGCGUGGCAAGCCCGUCUUCAUCCGUCACCGUACCGCGGAUGAGAUCAAGGAGGCCGAGGAUUUCGACUGGAAGGCCCUCCGUGACCCCCAGCCCGAUCAGGACCGUGUCCAGAAGUCCGAGUGGCUUGUCAUGCUUGGUGUCUGCACCCAUCUGGGUUGUGUCCCCAUCGGUGAGGCCGGCGACUACGGUGGCUGGUUCUGCCCCUGCCACGGUUCCCACUACGACAUCUCCGGCCGUAUCAGGAAGGGUCCCGCUCCCCUGAACCUGGAGGUUCCUCAGUACAACUUCCCCGACGAGGAGUCCCUCGUUAUCGGUUAAACGCAUUCGCUUUCGUAUCACCGCCCGUCAUCCGGUUGCUGAGCGACGAUUGACUGAACGCAAAAUGGAGAAGGGGAUGAGACGGGGGAAGUGAGGGAGAGAUCAGAAGGUUUGUUUGUUUUUGUGGUUUUAGAUGGACAUCUCAGUGUACCCUUUGUCAAGAUUAUAAAGAGAACUUUGUUUUAAUAUGGAACCCGAUUGAUCACAUGUGCGACCACCAAAAGAACCCAUGAGAUGAGCCUUUUGGUUUCAGUACCCAUGGACAACUUCUCCCUCUGCUCUACUCUACGACGCCUCAGAGAGAGCCACUCUUUUGUUUUGGGGUUUUUCUUUUCUUCUCUUUUCUUCUCAAGUUCUAGACUUUUUCCUUCUCCACCAGACUUUUCAUCCUCCCUUCCGCUCUUAUCUCCUGACUUUCCAAAAAAGAAAAAGAAAAAAAAAAGAAAGAAAAGAGAAAAGGACGAGAAAAGAAAAGAAAAGAUGGGAGCGGAAUCCAGAAAGUGAAAAUUCACAUGUAUGUAAAUUACGGACGUGGAUGGAUUGUCUAGUCUUUCUUGUCUUGUCUAUAUAGUAUAUUCGCUACGCAAUUAAGU